UUUCUGUUCUUUCGAUUCCAUUGGCUUGUGCCAGUUCAUGGAAGAUUCGCCAUGUUAUUAUCAUCAUCCAUGCAAUGCAGCGUGCAGGACGGGAUUUCUUGGCGGGCCAGAGAGAGAUCCGAAGCAGGAGCAGAGAAGAUGCCAUCACGCCGUACAAAUACGAGGGGAGACACAAUAAAAAUAAAAUAAAACAAAAACCGGGCGGCAGCCGGCAGGGCUACGCAGGCGCCGAGGGGAAGACGACGCGGACUCACAAGGCGAAUAUCCCCCGUCCGGGACCCACCCGACAGCGACCCAACACCCCCAAUCAUCAUCCCCUCCGCCUCUCCUCCACUGGAGACGACGAGUGCCCUCGUCUCCCUCUCCCCUCGCCGUCGUCGUCCUCCCUCCUCUCCUCCGCUCCCACCGAGGAGGGGACCCUCUAUAAGAAGGCAGGAGCGACGAAUCCGAUCGUCUGUCGUGUGGGAGAGCCGCGGCCCCAUCCUCCGUGUGAUGAAGUUCGGGAAGGAUUUCCGGAACCACCUGGAGGAGACGCUGCCGGCGUGGAGGGACAAGUACCUCGCCUACAAGGCCCUCAAGAAGCUCAUCAAGAACCUGGUGCCACGCGAGCCCGCAGCGGCCCCUCCUCUCCCUCCUCCUGCCCCCGCCGCCGCCGACGCCGAGGGGCCGGGGGCUCCUGCCGCCGCGCACGGGAACGUCAACCUGGCCAACUGGUUCGCCAGCAUCCUCGACGCGGAGCUGCACAAGCUCAACGAGUUCUACAUCGAGAGGGAGGAGUGGUGCUCAAGGAGAGGAUUGAGCGCGUCAAAGCUAAGAAGAAUGACGCUUUUACAUCCAGGAGUGAAUUUACCGAAGAAAUGUUAGAGAUACGUAAGGAUUUUGUGAUCAUACAUGGUGAAAUGAUUCUUCUGCAAACCUACAGCUCCCUAAAUUUUGCUGGACUAGUGAAGAUACUGAAGAAGUAUGACAAGAGAACAGGUGGCGUGCUUAGCCUGCCUUUCACUCAGCGUGUUCGUCACCAGCCAUUUUUCACAACCGAACCUUUAACAAGGCUUGUCCGAGAAUGCGAGGCUAACCUCGAACUACUUUUCCCGGUCGAAGCAGAGGUUCUUGAGCCUAGUUCAUCCUCGAAUCUAGAACCGCACGAUGUGGCUAGGUGUGACCCGACAUCGUCCCGCGAUGUGGAAACCGUCGAUGUUUACCGAAGCACACUCGCAGCUAUGAAGGCGAUACAGGGCCUUCGGAGAGCCAGCUCUACUUACAACCCCCUGUCUCUGUCUAGGUUCUUCCACGGCGAGGAUGGCGAACCCUGCUCGGGUGCCAUCACUUCUGAGAGCUCACUGUCAGAUUCCUCAACGGACUCCCAGAUUCAGGAUGCUGGGAAGGAUGAUAAGGAGGUGCAAUCAAAUUCGAGGGACCAGAAUGCUGCCCAAGGGGAACAGAAUGCACAAGGCGAGCCGACUGAUGAAUAAACAGUUUUUUUCCCACACGCUGUUCAAUAAGACAAUAACCAUUGAUAAGUGUAAAUGCUAAUAAUCUUGCUGGUUAACCCUCUUUUGAAGUGACACAUAUGCAAUGACUCCCUGGUGGCGCAGUUUCAUUUUUCUUCUUUUUCCUUAAUUAAUGGGUAAAGAGUAUAUGGGAUGUUGGAUUUAUCAUGUUCCUAUCGUGUUGACAGCAUGCCAGUUGCCAGAAGUUUGACACUUGAUAAGAGCUAUGAUCGUAAUCAGCAUGUUGGAUCUA